UUAUUUUAACAGGGUGACGAAAUGUAGUGUGUGUACGGUCAGCUGACGUCACCGUCACAGUCGCGUUGCCAGCAGCAAAUCUGUGCUGAGAGCUGCGCAGCCGCUCUGCGCAUCCGUCGGCUGAGGUGGACCGACCCGACCGCGCAGCCAUUUCUCUGCCCCUCAUGAAAAACAUCCAGGGGGGCGUUAGUCCACAACCCGCCGUGCGGCAGUCAUGACGUUAACGACACAUACCGGGGCUGAACUCAUCACUGACUGAGACCCGCGACCUCCAAACUUUCUCCCAAUUCAACGCCUGCGCAGACGGACCGGGCUCCCCCUCUCUCUCCUUCUCUCUCUCUCUCUCCUCCAUUAUCAGGCUCAUGUUUUAGUUGCAGCCAUGGAGGGAAAUCUGCAAGGAGGCUGCGGCGACGUCGCGACAAUGCACGUGAAAACUGAAGCGGUGGAUGAGAAUACAUCUGCGCUGGUUUUGGGCAGUCGGGAGUCGCCUGCGCCCUGCGGAGAUACCGCAUGCAGAGGAGGAGGAGGAGGAGGAGGAGUGGAGCAGACUGCAGAGGAGCUGGCUGACACAACAACUACUCCUGUCCUGCUGUACCCUGUGAGCACAGAUCGCUUCUUCACCACGUCAGGAGAUGGAAAAACUUACCUGAAGAUAGCUCCUGCGUCAGCGAUGCCACCUGCUCCUUCAGAGAAGACUCUUCCCUCCGGCUCCGAUUUCUCCUCCAAAGCCGUUUUGUGUCUGAUAGAGGCCGUGGGGCGCCGCUGGGGCCUGUAUGAGACACGGGAGCGCUCUCAGCUCUUCCAGAGCGUCCAGGAGGAGAUGGCCUCCAAGGGCCACAUACUUCCUGUUGAAAAGAUCCGCCGCAAGUGGAACAACCUCAUUGUGACAUACAAGAGGGUUAAAGACCGCAGCCGGGAGACGGGACACGCUAAAACGUCCUGGGAGUUCUUUGAUCUGAUGGACGCCACCCUCUGUGACACUGUGGGCACUCAGAUCGUCAACAACAAAAGGAACAAAAGCGGCAGCACUGUCUCCACGCUGCCUGGUCCUUUGGCAAAGAUCGCUGCAAAACCACAGGUUCCGCAGCCCGCCGCCAUCAUCCGCCCUAAUGGGGACUUUACGUCGACUGCUGGCGUGGACUCAGCGGGUCAGGGAGCCAUCAGCAGUCAAAUCUCACUUACUUCAAUGACAACGGCCUCCAUUAGCCCAACAAACGCUCCGGAGCUCAAGCCCCUGAUCGUCCUUAACAGUGACAUUGUUCCGACCAGUAUUCAUCCCGCCACCAUCGUGCCGUCUCCGUCUUUUAUCUCUCCACCUUGUUUUACUGACACGGCUUCUACUUCCCCUUCCCUCGGCCCCACGAGCAACACAGACCUCAACACGUCACGCUACGUAGGCCGCAAAGCUCCGUCAUUCCCAUCAGGCAUCAUACCCUUUCGCCUUAGCAACGCGCCCCUUAGCAACAAUCUUCUAGGCCUCUCCUCCUCCCUCCCCCCUACUCCCUCCUCUCUCACUUCGUCCGUUUCCACCGCGCUAUCUGCGACAACGUUGUCAGGAGCAGAAGGGCAGAGCCAGAAAGGAAACGAGGAGCGAUCCAGCACGGCUCUGUUCCAGGAGGUCCUGAAGCGGCAGGAGGAGCAGGCGUACCUGGAUCGAGUGGCUCGCCGCCGGGUGGAGGCCAGAGAGAAGAGGCGCGAGAGGAGGGAGGUACGGAUGGCAGAGUCCCUGGGCAGGAUCGCCACGGCGCUGGAGCUGCUCUCCUCCAAACAGGACACGGUCAUCGCCCUGCUGCAGAGACUGGCUGACCGCAAGUGAUGCAGGCUGGAAGGCACAAACACGGCCCGAGUCCCAUAAUGCUACUGAAAUUUAAUGUAAAUAAAAUUUUAUAAAAUCAUAAAUGUU